UACAUUCAUAUUUAAAUAUAAUACUACAUUGCAAACAAAAUGAAAAAUGAUCAUAUUUAGUGCAAUAUUUAACUUUUAUUUUUAAAUGUUUAUGCUUGAAUCCAACAAAUAACUUCAACAUCUAAAUAUUCAUAUUUUGAAUCCAACCAAUUUGUUUCUUUUUUUAUAAUUAAUUCCAUAAGAAUGAUAUUAUUUGUUUUGCAACCAAAAAUUGAUCAUUUUGAUUUGAUAAUGUCGCUGGUCUUUCAGAUGAUCUUUUCCAAUACCAAUUGUACGGGGGCAACAUAUUAGUUAUGGUUUUGACAACCGUGAAAACAUGUUAUGAAAUUACAAAAGAAGAACACAUUUAGGGCCAGUGUUCAUGUGUUAUCUUCGUACGUUUUCUCCAUGGGUUGCAAUGUGGCACAAGAACCCUUCGUGUUACCACAUCAUCGAGAUGCUCAACCAUAAUCUUUGAUUUUCGUAGAUUUGGUCAACUUUUUGAGCCUUUUCUAAUCAAUUUUGACUACUACUUCAUACUGGUGGUCUUCGAGCCGAUUUUUCCCAAUACAAAUUGUACAGGGCAAUAUAUCAGUCAGUGUCCAUCUUUCUAGGGUUUGUAUUCUGGUAUGUAUUCUCCACGGCUUGCAAUGUGGCACAACCGCACAAGAAUCCUUUGUGUUAUCACAUCAUCGAGAAGCCCCCCAUAUUAUCUUUGGUGCUAUUGAGUUUGGUCAAUCAAGAUUCGUUGCUCUUAAUCUUGUUUCUUGCACAUAAAAAUACGAUCAUAUAAUGUUUUUAACAUAUUAUCUAACACAAUUUAGACAAAAGUUUUUAAUAAAAAUGGACAUAUGUUAGUUAUUAUAAACUUAAUUGAUACUUUCAUUAAAAAUCAAGGUUUUAGUCAUUGAAUUAUGCAAGUUGCAACAACCCGAAAAUUCAGUGAUCAUUUAUUAAUUUACCCUCAGAGAUUGGAGGACAGGUAGUUAAGGGAAAGAACAAUGACGUGAUUAAUAUAAUAAAAAUUGGGGAAAAUAUGAGAAAUUGAAGUGGACGGCCGGUGGAGAGAAGAAAUUACCCAGAGCCAGAAGAAAAGAAGAAGAAAAAAUACCGGAAAAAAAACAAAACCCUUAUUUUAAGGGAUUCUCUAUUUCGAUCCAAAGAAAUAACAACUAUUCCAAAAAGAUCCCCCACAAUCUCUCUCUCUCUGGCCACUAUCACCAUUCGGCUGCUUCCUGCCUGCUUUGCUUGCUGUUAUCUUGGGUUUCCUCCCGUUUCAUCUCUUCCGGGGCCGGCGGAGUUCUCAUCUGUGAGCCAAGCAAUUUCCGCCUGAGAAUACCGACGGAAAAGCUCGCCGCGGUUCACAAGUCAAGGGGGGGAAAGGAAGCGCACAGAGGGCGCUGGAGGAGCGAGGGAGCUGGAUGAAUAGAAUGGUUCUUCGCCGCCACUUCCUAAGGUCGAUCUCCCGACGAAUCUGCGUUGAAUUGACGGGUUCCAGUCCAGGCCACGACGAUUUGUCUCUUUCAGCAGCGAGAUCACUUUGAGAAUUUCAACCCCCAGCUCGGCGGCGGCCGUCGGUGUGGCUUUUUGUUUUGUUUUUUGGAUUAGCUGCGGUUCCGCGCGGCGAGCGUUCGAGUGUUCGAGAUCUCUCUUUUGAAUUCCGGAAACCAUGGCUCCAGUUCCGCCGAGAAGGACAUCUGACUCUGAAGGUGCCGGCGGAUCUCCGGACAUUGAAUCCAUCGGUUCGGGCACGAGGAGAUCGAGUAUUUCCUCAUUUAGCAAGUCUCAUCGCCGGCAGCGGGAGUUUCUCGAUAGGUUAGUGGACUGUGAAACGCUGACUUCCCAUCUCGCUGACUGGUUUGAAUCAGUCUCCGGUUCCAAAAGUCCCGCCUUUGAUGUCCCUUUCGAGCUGAUAGACCUUCAGAAGUUCGACUACGCGUUGGAAGGGGUUUCGUUUCAGCAGCUGAUUCGGAUGCCCAGUGCAGUGUACGCAUCAUCCACUUCUGAUGCUGUGGAAGCCACUGCUUUCUUAGCGGUUGAAGAUUUUCUCCACGCCGGUGUGAAGGGCUUGUGGGAGGCAUUCUGGAGUCAGGAUGAAGAGGAUGCUCCCCUGCCAUUCUCGGUGGCUUGUCUCUACAGUGAGAAUCUGAAGUUCUACCAAGCUGAGAAGGCCAUAGCGAAUGGGAAGCUCCCUGGCCUCUGUGCGACUGGUAUAUUGGUCAACAAUCCAAGACACCCACAUGGUAAAUGGGAUCAAAUUCUCGAGCUGGCCCUUCUUCGGCCUGAUAUCGGGAAUGACCCACAGCCUUCACACGCCGUGCUAGGUGAGGCUCUCUUUUAUGCUUUACGCCUGCUGUUGUCCAGGAAGCUAGGGAAAUUUCAGUCUGCUGAGAGUGUGGACACUGUCUUUGUUCUUCUUGUUGAUUCUCAGAAUGGAGGGGUAGUGAAAGUUGAAGGUGAUGUAAAUAGAUUGGAGUUUGAUGUGAAUAACGUGUACGAGAGUUGUGCCGAUUGGAUUAAAACCCAUUCUAGGAUUUCAGUCUCUCCCAUAGAUAGGAUAUGGAACAAGCUAGGAAAUGCCAAUUGGGGAGACAUUGGGGCUCUGCAGGUCCUUUUUGCAACCUUCCACUCUAUAAUGCAGUUUGCAGGGAUGCCAAAGCACUCGAUCGAAGAUCUAGCUGCUGAUCAUGGCUCUCGCCUCCAUGCAAGAAGAAUCGAGAGGCAGUUGGGGGAUAGGGAUACCGCCCGAGUUAAUGGAAAUGGAGCUUUUCGGUACCAGCAACGCAGUGUUGAACCAGAGAUUGUGGAAGUUCUGGAUGAGUCGAUUAACAACAUUGAGCCUGAAGAUCUGGCAAUGAAGUUGGAAAAUGGUUCGGUCCUGUGGUUGGAGGACCCAGACCAGCAGAAGGGUUAUCAAAUCGACGGUGUUCUGUUCAAUGGCGAACUGCAAUACUAUCUCGCCUCACCUGUAGAUGACCCUAGUAGAUCCUAUUUCCUCUACGUAGGUUCUCACCCUGCUCAGCUUGAACCUGCAUGGGAGGAUAUGAAGCUAUGGUAUCAGGUCCAAAGACAGACCAAAAUCUUGACCAUCAUGAGGCAGAAAGGCGUGUCUAGCAAGUAUCUGCCUGACCUUGCUGCUUCAGGCCGGAUUGCCCACCCAGGUCAGUGCCGGAAACCCAGCUCCGGUGGAAACUGCGAUCACCCAUGGUGCUCGACUCCGAUCCUCGUCACGAGCCCAGUCGGCGAGUCGGUAGCCGACAUGAUAAUGUCAGGAAGAUUCGGCCCAGAAGAAGCAAUCAGGUGUUGUCACGACUGCUUGUCCGCUCUUUCAACAGCCGCCUCAGUUGGAAUCAGACACGGAGACAUCCGGCCAGAGAACGUUAUAAGGUCCGGCAGCACGAGGCAGCAUCCAUAUUUCGUACUAAUCGGGUGGGGCCACGCGAUACUCGAGGAAAGGGACCGUCCAGCAAUGAACCUGCAUUUCUCGUCGACAUAUGCUCUCCAAGAGGGGAAGUUGUGUUCUGCUUCCGAUGCAGAAAGCCUCGUCUACAUGCUCUACUUCUCGUCCGGUGGGCCUCUGCCCGACUUGGACUCGGUCGAAGGUGCCUUGCAGUGGAGGGAGACGGCCUGGUCGAGGAGGUUGAUCCAGCAGAAGCUCGGCGAUGUUUCCACGGUGUUGAAAGCAUUCGCUGAUUAUGUUGACAGUCUCUGUGGGACUCCGUAUCCCAUUGACUAUGAUAUAUGGAUCAGACGGUUGAGGAGGAACUUUCGGGACGAUGAUCAUGGCAAGGAGAUCGAAUCUUCUUCGAGUUAACGAGAACGAACACUGCACACUGAACCCUUUUGAAUGAUUUUUGGCCUGCUGGCAGGGCUGUGGGUUAGGUUGGUUUGUUUAUCUUUUGAUGAUCAAAGACAAGUUUUUGUUAUAGAAUACGUUAUCUGUGUAUGAGAAUGAGAGACUCCAUGCCUGAUGAGGUUUUCUUUUGUUUCCUUUUCUUGUAAAGAAAAUGUGAGUAUUUUGUUGGAGGGUUUUUCCCAGGUUGAUGAGUUGAGUCGAUUCCUUUGCCUUUGUGAAUUAAGAAGUUCAUCUGAAAUGUUCAGUACUGGUUUUGUUUGGCGACGCUGUAACUUUUGCAAACGCAACUUCUGGUUAGAGCGAGCGAUCUUCCGGUGUUUCGUAGUAAUCGGGUUGUCAUGUGAUUCCACUUUGCUUCUUUCUUUCUUGUUGUUCAUCUUCAUCAUGUGUUGCUGUUAGACCAGUUGCUUCUCUUCUCUGCUUUCGUUUCUUCCCUCUGUCUGCGUUUGUUCCCUGUCAGUUUUUGGAUGCCUAAUAAUUAGUGGGUUAGUUAUGUUUUGGCCUCUAAUGGCUUUGUAUUGUAGCCUUUAUUCAGCUUGUACGAAUUGCAGAGCCGUUCAACAAGGAAUGAUAUAACUAGUUGGCUUUUGGUUUAUUAUUUCGUCACCUUUUUCUUUCAAAGAAACUGUACUUUUUGGC